UGCGGCAGCAAACACGGCGUGAUAAUAGUGGUUAUUGGCUGCUCUGUUAGUGCUUAUUCGUACGUGCGACCUAUCCAGGUAUUUCCUGCAUACAUUACACGAGCAGACCCUGUCAAAGGAAAUGACGAAGACUGAUGAGGAAAUAUUAGCCAUGCCUCGGAACAGAAGUGCAUAUUUGGUGCCACACGCCUGUCCAUCACGUCCAGUCAUCUAUUAUCGGGAAGUUUGGACAGGAUCGGACGUCACUGCCGCCACAGAAGCUGACAAAGAUUCGACGAAAAAUGAGGAUUUCAUGAGGGCAGCACUCCACGCCCGGUUACUGUGUGCACAGGGCCAGGUUUAAAAGCGGCGCCGAUAAGCCAACAGGUUAGACCAGGAGCGGGAGCUGUGUGACAACCGUGCGUUCCUCUGAUCACCGCCACCAAACCCUCAACCUGACUGAUCCAGAAACCCUGUGUAGAAGAAGCUGCAGUCCGCAUCCAACAUUAACAUUUAGACAUACUUUAAUAAGAAAUUUGUGACCGAACGCAGCAACUGUUUAUUUUUUUCGUUCCCAAGUUGUCAUCAGCAUCGUGCGACUGAGAUGUCAAUCAAACUAGCUACCGUGGUCCUGGUCUCCGUGGCCUUCUUCGCCUCCUCGUCCAGCGCCAAGCCCGCUCCGCGAAAUGCACGGGUUCCGCCAAUCUGGAGUUGUGCCGGCGGCCAUGGUCUGCACCCUGACCCCGAGGACUGCGGCCGGUUCUACCAGUGCGCCCCCGGACACCGGCCCUUCCACCAGUCCUGCCCGGCCGGUCUGCACUUCGAUCCCGUCCUGCUGGUCUGUAAUUGGCCGGGGUCCCUGACCACGCCGUGUGCCGCCGAACUGGAAAUGGAAAUACCUGUCGAUGAGAUCUGCCCAGUGCCCAUCCCUCCCAGCCACGGCACCAUGGCCGGAAGUGACGUCAGCAUCGGUGCGACCUACACCUUCUCCUGCCACCACGGGUACCAGCUGCAGGGGGCCAGCAGUAUCACCUGUACGGAGGAGGGGUGGUCCGCGGAGUACCCCAUCUGCCAUCCCAUCCGUUGCGGCGUUCCAGCCGUCCGGUCUAAGGCGGCUAGUAACAAGAUCGUGGGCGGUCAUGAGGUGGUUCCGGGCAGCCAGCCGUGGAUGGUGUCCUUCCAACACCCGCUGUACCCCCUGCAGAACGCUAACCUGUGCGGCGGCUCUCUCAUCGCUCCCACCCUGAUAGUGACGGCAGCUCACUGUUUCAGACCUCUCAACAAACCUCAGACGGGUUGGGUGGCCCAUCUCGCCGAGCACAACUUGUACGAGGACGAGGGACACGAACAGAACAUCACCGUGAAGGACAUCAUCGUGCACGAGAACUUCGUGUACGAUGUGCUCACCAACGACAUCGCCUUGGUGCGCCUCUCACGGCCCGCAAACAUGGACGACUGGGUCUCGCCCAUCUGCCUGCCGGAGGAAGGGGAGAAGGUAGAGGAAGACACGCUCUGUACUACUUCUGGUUGGGGCUACACUAAACCACUGGCCUUGAAUGAAUACCCCGAAGGUGAGCUCCAGUCCGCCGUGCUGCAGGAGAUCGAGCUGCCCGUGGUGUCCAACCGGAAAUGCGCCACGAAACUGCCCGACUACGAGAUCUACCCGGAACAGAUGUGCGCUGGGUAUGACGAAGGAGGCAUCGACACCUGUGUGGGUGACAGCGGCGGCCCCCUGGCGUGCAAGGAUGACGUCGGUAGGAUGACCAUCCAGGGCAUCACCAGUUACGGCGACAAGGGCACAUGCGCACAACCCGCCAAGCCGGGCGUCUACAGCAGGGUCUCUUCCUUCGUCUCCUGGAUACACGAACACGUGACCGAGCAGGAAUGGGCCGUCAUUCGCUCUUACGUGUGACGUCAUGAGACACCUCAUUGGUCGCUUCAAACGAAGUGGUUUUAGAACGACGGUUGGCGGAGAUGUAAGUCCACGGUGACAUGUCCAACCAUUGUCAGGACACUAUCCCAAUGUGUCAUGCAGGUGUUCGGUAGACGUUACGUCGUCAUUGUUACACCAGAAACGUGCCAUUGGACAUUCGCGUUCGUGUAUGUAUGUUUAUAGUCUAAUGUGAUAAUGCCGCGAAAUAAACUAAGGUGUUGACAUCAUAACCGUCAAGAAACCAGUAUUAUCUGAAGUAGCUUUCAACAUUACUCAAGUUUCAUCUUCAACGUAAAGAAAGAGAAAAAAAUGAUUUGACUGAGACAAAUCCAUUUGAUGGUGGCCACACGGAACCAUGUGUACAAUGGAUGCCUAGAAAUAUUUCCAAAGACAAAGUCUACUGGAAGAUACACUUGUCACCUAGUAUUAUCUCUUUGGUGAUCACCGGCAAUAUUUACUUGAUCUUUUUGGACAUUUUGGUUUGCUUGAUGUUGUUGAUAUUUUUCCUUCGUUUAAGUACAACAAUAGAUGAUGCAUUCAAAUACCUUUUUACAAGUGGUAAUGCCAUCUUUGUACAAAACGCCAAAAGGCCUAUCCCUGCUCAGAGAAAACCGUUGGACAGAAUCACGGGCCUUUUCCAAUUUUUGUUUUUGGACAGAUACAUGAUAUCUUAGAAUAUUGUUCAGGUAGCAUUUUGCUUAAUUUAUUCUUUACCACACACUUCGUCUGACUUUGACGUUAUUCUGUUUUCUAUUUCACAAUUUUGUUUUGUGACUUUGUGUUCUUGUACUUUGUACUUGCCAUGUUGAAAUAAAAUGUAGGAGCUACGUCU